AUGGAAGUAAAUUAUUUUCAUUUCUCGGCCGAUGAGUGCUGGGCAACAAAGCAGUUUGGUCUUUCUUCUGACACACAAACUUUUCCGUCGUUUCCGGGUGAGAAAAACCGCAACCGCAGCAAAAGGCGGAAGAAUCAGUGGGCGGGAGGUCACCAGGUACCAAAUUCGAGGCACAGCUACGUUCCCCCCCUGUGGAAUCUGUUCGCUGCCGCAGGGCACACAAAGUCGCAAACAGACACUGCAAAAGGUGACAAUUUCGUCGUUCUUAUAAAGCACUGUUCCGGCGCGUCCCUUUCCUUUAACGCAGCAGAAGAUAGGCUUCCUCUCUUUGUGGCGUCAGAGAAAGAACGUGACCGUGAUCCGAAGAACGGCCUUGCUUUUGCUGGAGUCUCUGCACCAGCGUCUUCUUCCACGUUCCUGCCAUUUUGGGUUUGUGCAGCUGCGAGGGUUCCGAGUUUUCUUUUAAGGAGGAAAGUCACUGACAGUUACGAACCGACCGUGCAUCCAGGCCAGCAAUGCGGCAGUGACUCGAAGACUAAGUCGCGAGCUGGCAGCCUGUCGGGUGCCGGUUGCUGGAACAGUUCUUCCGGUGGUCUCGGACACAACUUCACUCGUCUAUUCUCCUCCUGUACCGCACGGCAGUACGGUUUAUCUGGUCGCCUCUCGCAGUCAUCCACACCUCCGGUCUGCACGGGUCCCGUGAGGCUCGAUCCACCUUUGUCUACGGUCAGGGCUCGGGCACCUCGAAAGAGCGUGAAUCCAACACAUCCUUCACCCACGACUCUGCGUGCCCAGAAACCGCACACGCCGGCGGGUAGCGGCUCGCCGCCUACAAGGCUCCUCGAGACCAUUCCGCCGUUCCCUUAUCUGGUGCACGGGAAGUCCACAUGUAGUGCGUUUCUCCGAUUUCUGUCUGACGGCAAAUGGUCGCGUUCAAUAUCGGAAGCUCUCUUUCCGGCAGUGAAGCCCCCAGUCAUAUAUCGAUUCCGGGGGUUUCAUCCUACGCAAAUUGUGUCCGGGCCCGCAUCGCUUUCGUGCGCUGCCCCGCGCUCGUUCACUCUCUUUUUCCUCCUCUUUUUCCUAACUGGGCUGCCUGGACCUCUUUGUCCGAUUACGCAUAGAACGCCUCCCUCAUCCUCCUGUUUUCGCUUCCGCCCCUUCCCUGUAUCAACAGAAGCGACAGCAAUUCAAGCGAACGCCUUCCUCUCCCCGCUCGCUGCGGCCCCCUCAUUCACCCGCAGCAGUGCGUGGGGUGACCGACGGAACACGCGUGCCUUUUCUUCUGUCUCUGCGCAAGAAUUCCAUACGAAAAGGAAACGCACUGAAGGCAAGCAAGACGCCAUGGAUUCUUUUCUUCGGCCUAUCCAACCCAAGAGGUCUCUCUUUCAGGUCUUGCAAAAGGGACCAUUGAGGGUUCGGAUGUGGGUGUUCGAGGAGAUGAUCGAAGGGGAGAAACUCACCGACAUCAUCAACCAGAGGCACGAGAAUGUUAAGUAUCUCCCGGGUCACAAAUUGCCCGAAAACUUGCUGGCAGUUCCCGACGUUGUCGAAGCCUGCCGCGGGGCCGAUCUCCUCGUCUUCGUCAUGCCCCAUCAGUUCGUGGCGAAAGUCUGCGAUCAACUCGCGAAGGCGAACGUUGUGCCGCCCCACGCACGCGCGAUAUCGCUUCUCAAAGGGCUUUACGUGGAAGGCGGAAGGCCUCAACUGUUCUCAGACACCAUCCGCUCCAAGCUCAACAUCGUCGAGUGCGCGGCUCUUUCUGGCGCAAAUGUGGCCAACGACGUGGCUCGGGAGGAGUUCGCCGAGGCAACAAUUGGCCAUUCGCCGGAUGAGACGGACACAGCGUUGAUUUGGCAGCAGCUCUUCGACAAGCCGUACUUCAAGGUCAACACCCUCCCAGAUAUUGCUGGUGUUCAGCUGUGCGGAGCAGUCAAAAACGUCGUUGCGCUGGCCGCCGGUUUCUGUGAUGGCGUGGGUGUAGGGACUAAUACAAAAAGCGCUAUCAUUCGCCUCGGCGUCGAGGAGAUGAAACAGUUCGGAAUGCUGUUCUUUGACAACGUUGUCGCCGAAACCUUCUUCGAUAGUGCUGGCUACGCUGAUGUGAUCACGACAGUCUUCGGUGGUCGCAAUGCGCGCUGUGCGGCGGAAUUCGUUCGACAGAAAGGGAACAAGAGUUGGGACCAAAUCGAAGCCGAGAUGCUGAAUGGUCAAAAGCUUCAGGGCACCUUGACGACAAGGGAAGUGUUUGAGGUUAUCUCUUCCCACGAAGUAGACCACCUGUUUCCUCUCUUUACUGUCACUUACGACAUCGCAUUCAAGGGAAGAGACCCAGCAGAUCUCGUCCGCGUAUUCGAGACGAGCGAGGUCCGCCCCCACAAGACGCCGGAAGAAUGCAACAUCCUGGUGCUGCCUCCACUGAUGGCAAAUGCCAAGAGAAGGAUUGGCCGUCUUCAGUCGAUGGUCGACCAUGAACGUUUCAAAGAAGAAGAAAAGAAGAUCGUCAAAGAAUACGAGAAGCGAUACACAGAGAUAGAAGUCGCCGCGAACACCGCGGAUGACCUCGCUCCGUCCGCCCCAGUAGCAGAAGAGUGUCGGGAGAGAAAAUGA